AUGUCUUCUUCGCGUGCAAUAACCAAGUUUCUCACAAGGUAUAAAGGAAAACUUCAUACACCGGAUUUUCGUGCCUAUUGUUACAAUAAAGAAAAACCCGUGUCAUUCCUCCAUGAUAUACCUUUGUCUUCAAAAGAAGGGACCUUGAAUAUGGUUGUGGAAAUUCCUCGCUGGACGCAAGCAAAAUGUGAAAUCUCAAAUUCUAUUCCUUUCAACCCAAUAGUUCAUGAUAUGAAGAAUGAUAGAAUUCGGUACGUUCAAAACUGUUUUCCAUAUCACGGUUACAUAUGGAAUUAUGGUGCAUUUCCUCAGACAUUUGAGGAUCCAAAUAAGUUGGAUGCACACACCAAUUUUAAAGGGGAUGGUGAUCCAAUUGACGUGUGUGAAAUUGGAGGAGCCAUUGGAUACCUCGGACAAAUCAAACAGGUCAAAGUUCUGGGUGCCUUAGCGCUUUUGGAUCAAAACGAAACAGACUGGAAAAUUCUGACCAUCGACGUUAAUGAUCCCUUGGCAAAUAUACUUAAUGACAUCGACGAUGUUAAAGAGUUCAUGCCUCGUUUGUUAACCUGCACCCGUGAUUGGUUUACAGUAUAUAAAAUUCCUGAUGGAAAAUCAAGGAAUACAUUUUGUCUUUCAGGAGAGUUUCUUCCAAAAAGUAUUGCUACGGAAAUCAUUAGCGAAUGUCAUACAAGCUGGAAAACGGGCUCCCAAAGAGCUGACCAUAUUCAUUCAUUCCUCGCAAAUUCAGAAAAAGCUACCAGAAUUACCCAGGAUGUAGGAAAAAUGGAGGAAAGCCCGUUGCCAAAGACUUCCGCUUUUCCCUCUCUCGGGUAUUAUUAUCAACUACCUGAAUAG